AACGUUCUAAAUGUGUCUUAUCCACUAGAUUAGAACUUUUGACCACUAUAGCAGUCCAUCUGAGUGAUCUAUCUUUGCGGAGAGCACGGUUUUGUUGGUUACAAUUCGACUUCGAAUUGCCACUGGCGCUGCGGUUUUGCCGCAGUUCUGGCACAGUUUUCGUGGAGGUUUCCGUGGCCGGACUGGGACGAACUGUCGGCUGGGCUGCGGUUGGUUUGUGGGCCGGUGUGGAGGUUUGACAGUGCGACGCCCCGCCGGAAUGUGGUGCCUGGAUGUUCAGUUUUCUGUUGGUUGUUCUCUCACUAAAAGCCCUUGCCUUGUGUCAUGCAUAAGCUUACUAAGUACUUAUUGAUGUCAAAGUUUUAAGAGCAUCAUCCUAGGUAUUGCUUGCACCACCGAUUUUACCCACCCUACUUCAGUUUGAGCCUUCAACAUAUCAACAUAAUAUGUAGCAAGAGUCAUAUAAUUUCAAGACAAUGACAAUUAUAGUUUUCCUCAUUGAUACAUCUGCAUCAAUGAAUCAGCAAGCCUUCUCUGGUGGUCACCCAACCCUGCUGGAUGUAGCAAAGGGAGCUGUGGAGACCUUUGUCAAGAUCAGACAGAGAUCACCAGAAAGCAAGGGUGACAGGUACAUGCUGCUGACCUUCGAAGACCACCCAUAUCAUAUAAAGGCCGGCUGGAAGGAGAAUCUGCAAACAUUCACCCAGGAGCUCAAGAACUUGCAGGCUUUCGGCAUGACUCACAUGGGCAUGGCCAUCAAGAAUACGUUCGACGUUCUGAACCUGAACCGGAUGCAGUCCGGGAUCGACAUGUACGGCCAGGGGCGCUGUCCGUUCUUCCUGGAGCCGUCCAUCAUCGUGUGCAUCACGGACGGCGGACGGCUCACCGGACAGAACGUGUCCAUCAUGGACGAGCUCAAGAUCCCGCGUGACGCGCGCAUCCCGGGUACGGAGCUGACCAAGGACGUGUACCGCUGGGACCAGCGGCUGUUCAGUCUGGUGCUGCGCCUGAGCGGCACGCCGCCGCACGAGCGCGACGGCACCGGCCUGGUGGACAGCGACACCAGCGGCAUCGGCAAGCUGUGCGACGCUACCGGAGGCCGGUCGUACGCCAUCACCUCGCACCGGAUGCUGAUGCAGUGUGUGGAGUCGCUGGUGCAAAAGAUCCAGAGCGGGGUGGUGAUCAACUUCGAGAAGAUGGGACCGGACCCGCCGCCGGUGGCCGCCGAUCCCGGAGGCGCCGACACGGACAGCGAGGGCGGCAAGGAGAACGUCAUCAACUUCAGCAACGACCAGGCGUCGUCGCGGCCGGCCUCGCCGCUGCCGCUCUCCAGCCAGUCGUGGCACAGCUGCCGCAAGCUCAUCUACGUGCCGCGCUCGGCGCAGAAGGGCUUCCCACUGGGCCACUGGCCCAUCCCCGAGGCGUUCUGGCCCGAAGUCAGCUCGCCCACACUGCCGUCCCGCUCGGCCCACCCGGUCGUCAAGUUCACCUGCACCAGCCGCGAGCCCAUGGUCAUCGAGAACCUGCCGUUCGACAAGUACGAGCUGGAGCCGAGCCCGCUGACGCAGUUCAUCCUGUCGCGGAAGCAGCCAGCCACCUGCUGGCAGGUGUACAUCGCCAACAGCUCCAAGAACGGCGACUCGGGCCUGCCGUUUGGUUACCUGAAGGCGAGUACCACACUGACUUGUGUGAACCUGUUCGUCAUGCCGUACAACUACCCGGUGCUGCUGCCGCUGCUGGACGAGCUGUUCAAGGUGCACCGGCUGAAGCCCACCAAGGAGUGGAAGGCCCGCUUCGACAACUACCUGCGCACCAUGCCGGCCUACUAUGCUCAGCCGCUGCGGCAGGCGCUGAAGCGCAUGGGCGCGCCCAACCUGGUACCCGACAACCUGGACAACGGCCUCUCCGUCAACGUCAUCAACCACCUGAAGCGGCUCAAGAACCAGGCCAAGAUGGAGUACGACCGGCUGUGCAGCGAGGUGUCGGCGCGUCUGCCGGGCUCCGACCAGGUCGGCAUCAAGGUCACCAGCCGCAAGUCCACCCGACGAGAAGCCACCAGCAACCCGGCGCUCAGCGACAAGUUCGCGAGCCUGCUGGAGCCGAUGCAGUACAUGGCCGGCCUGACGCUGGCCGUACGGGACGGCGAGCUCGCCACGCAGAGCUACCGCAACCCGUUCGACAUCAGCCGGCGCCAUCUGCUCGACCAGCUGGUGCGCAUGCGCGCCAACUUCAUGCAGACCAGCGUGGGCCUCGUGCGCAUGCAGGACCAGGACCAGGUGCACAACAUGGCCGUCAGUCAGAUGGGCAACUACCAGGACUACCUGAAGCGGCUGCCGGCGCCGCUGCGCGAGAUCGAGACGGUGCCGGUGCGCCAGCACAUGUUCGGAAAUCCCUUCAAAAUCGACAAGCGUAUGAUGGUGGACGAGGCCGACAUCGACCUGCUGGACAAGUCUGGCGGCGUGCGACCGGGCAAGCGGCCGGGCGAGCCGUCCGGACCGGGGCGUGGCAAGCAGCGGCGGCUGGGCCCGCCGGGCCGGGACCCGGCCGGCCUGGCGCGCCGGCCCGCCUCGCCGGCGCCCGUCAUCCCGGACAAGCCGACACCGAGCUGUAGCCAGACCGGACCUGCACUGUGGCUCGCUGUGCCCGGGCGCGGCGCUGGGAUGUGCCCCCCUGACGCGCUGUCGUUGCCGUCCCCAGACACGGAGCUGUCGGAGAUUCGGACCCAGCCGGAGCCGUCGUCGGAGUCGGCGCCGGUCAGCCUGUCGCCGCCGCCGUCGCCGCGCACGGCCGGCGUCUCGCCGCCGACCGUCAACGGCGGUCUGCAGGCUAGCCAGCCUGACCGCCGCUUGAACCGGCAGCUGCGGCUGGCGCUCUACAAGGAGAUCCGCCGGCCCGGCAGGAACUACGACACGCUCUUCAGCCGGCUGGCGACGGCACAGGGCGACAGUGAGACGCGCGCCGACUUCGUGCGCGAGAUUAUCGCAGAGUCGCGGCGGCUCAAGCGGAAACACUUGGCGCAGGUGCUGGAGGGCUUCCUCGCGAGUGUGGUGAACGGCGAGAACGGUCGUGGCUGGCCGCACCGCAACGGGCAGCUGCGCGUCAACGGGCCGCGGUGAGCGGCGCGCGCGCCGCCCCCACCCCCUCUGUGAUACGGGUGCCAGCCGAAGGACCGGGUCGCGCCCCACGUACAAACGGACGGCGCGGCGCCGGCCGGCGGCCGCGCGCGCACCUCCCGCACGCGCGCCUCAUCCCAUCCUUGCCACCAGGCUGGCAUUUUACGCCGCCCCACAUUUGUACAAUAACUGGACUAUUUUCAUAGCCGUUUUGUUGUAUUUCUAGUGUUCUGUUCCUUUGCCCUCCCCCAGCCCCACCACAGGUCCAUAGCGCGAGUGAUCACAAGUAGUGUAUUGUGAAGUGCGGCGAUUUAACGAUUGCGACGCCACGUUGGCAAACAUUGUUGACACAGUGUUUUUAUUAAAUAAAGUUAUGGAUGCCAAA